UGCAAGCUGACCGGAUACAGCGACGCACACCAGGGAGCAGGCUGAUACACCAGGAGCCCACACACUCCUGACUCAAACCACUUUUUCCUCAGCGAUUAUUAAAACGCCGCUUGAUUAAGAUCAGCAUUCACAACGGGCCUUCGCUUAUAGCUGCUGAAAAGUCGCAGGAGCACUUCACUUGCAUUUACAAUCAGAGAGAGAAGACAGAGCUGAGCUGCGAAGAGGCACUGAUUCAGAGUCUACUUUUAGAGAUCUAUAUAUUUUUCCUUUCCUUGCAUCGCCAUGUCUUGCGGUGAUGGGUCGGACCAGAGCCGGCGGUUCUGUGUGUUGUCUUGGGAUCAGGUGCAGCGCUUGGACUCAAUCCUGGGAGAGGCUGUGCCCAUCCACGGCCGAGGAAACUUCCCCACACUGUCCGUGCAGCCCCGGCACAUUGUCCAGGUGGUGCGGGCCAGGCUGGAGGAGAGGGGUGUGUGCGUCAACGAUGUGAGGCUGAACGGCUCUGCUGCCAGCCAUGUGCUCCAUCAGGACACCGGACUUGGCUACAAGGAUCUGGACCUGAUCUUUGGCGUGUCGCUGAAAGACGACCAGGCCUUCCGUCUGGUGAAGGACGUAGUGCUGGAUUGCCUGUUAGACUUUUUGCCGGCCGGGGUUUCAAAGGAACGUAUCACGGCGCUGACCCUCAAAGAGGCCUACGUACAGAAACUAGUCAAAGUCUGCAACGACACGGACCGCUGGAGCCUCAUCUCGCUGUCCAACAACACUGGCAAGAAUGUGGAGCUUAAAUUUGUGGACUCUUUACGGCGGCAGUUUGAAUUCAGCGUGGACUCCUUUCAGAUUUGCCUAGACUCUCUGCUCUUAUUUGAUCGCUGCUCGGAGACGCCGAUGUCCGAGAGCUUUCACCCCACUGUGCUUGGCGAGAGUGUGUAUGGAGACUUCAAGGAGGCCAUGGACCACCUGUGUCAGAGGACCAUUGCCACACGUAGCCCCGAGGAAAUCAGAGGGGGCGGACUGCUGAAGUAUUGCCACCUUUUGGUGCGAGGGUUCAGGCCCUCUUCAGAGGCGGACAUGAAGCAGAUGCAGCGCUACAUGUGCUCACGCUUCUUCAUAGACUUCCCUGACAUAGGCGAGCAGCAGCGGAAACUGGAGGCCUACCUCCAAAACCACUUUGCUGGGAUGGAGCACAAACGGUACGAGUGCCUGAUGACUCUGCACCACGUGGUGAAUGAGAGCACCGUGUGUCUGAUGGGCCACGAGCGGCGCCAGACACUCAGCCUCAUCUCCAUGUUGGCGCUGAAGGUGCUGGCUGAGCAGAAUGCCAUCCCCACUGUAACAAAUGUCACAUGUUACUACCAGCCAGCUCCUUAUGUGCAGGACAUCAACUUUAGCAACUAUUACAUAGCACAUGUGCAGCCGCCUCUUGUCUCACCAUGCAGUAAUUCUUACCAAACAUGGCUGCCCUGUAACUGAACUACCUCUCGUCCUCUGGGAUGAGAAAAGGCUUGGUAGAAGUAGCAUUGCUCUUUAUCUUUCAAAGGAAACAGACUGGAGAGAACUGAAAACAUACAAACACACACAAAAAAACAAAACAGAAAUCCAUGUUUGCCAAAUGUGACUUGACUGAAACAAUCCUGUACUGCUGUACAUUUGAUUUGAGCCAACACAUUUAUUUUUUUUCUCUCUCAUUUUCUUUUGCUACACAUCUAUAAGAUUGCUGGUCAUUUCUCAGAUGUAGUGAUGAUAUCUUUUCUUAUUUAAGUAAAAAAAAAAAAAAGGUCUUUAUGAAGCUCUGUUCACGUCAAACAACAGAAAAAUACAUUUUUGAGGAAACAAAUAUUGAAGCCUUUGUUGUUUUCAUACACCGGCUUCACUUAUUUUUUUAAUUACACACAGGACCAAAGAUGUAUUUGUAGCUCAGAAGGGAAUGUUAUGAUUCCAAGUGCCUAAAAAAGUGUUCUACACGUCUCUGUUUUCUUUUCUAGAUUGCUAAAUAUCUCUUUUCAGGAACUUGUGAGAUUAAAAAACUAAGAAAAAAUCCAA